CGUUUAGCGUCAUUACUUAAUCAUGGGAGUCGCUGGUACAGAUCGUAAGCAGUCGCGAUGGCGCGCGGCGGAGGAUGGUGAUUCUUCUACAAAAUCGCAGAGUAGCGUCGGUAAUGGAGGCGUUAAGGGUUUGUCGCCGGCUGAGAUCGCACGCAACAUCAAGAAUGCCAAAGAAGCUCUUGCGGCUGCUAAGAAGGAGGAGCAGGUGCGUAGACAGAUAAAGGAGAAGCUCAGCAAGAUUGACUUAUCUAAGAAGCUUCUUCCGACGACGAUUAAGCUUGGUCUGAAGCCUCUUAUGGUUGACGAUAUGGGACGCGUGUUGGACGAAUCUGGGAAUGUGAUGCAGCACCGUCCCAUACUUCAUUCUAAUUUAAAGAUUAACCAGAACUUUGAGCGUGAGAAGUUGCAGAAGGAGGCUGCCACCACUGCUCCUGAGCGCCCUAAGGUUGACAAGGUUGAUAAGAUUGCCAAGCGGGCUGAGGAGAGUCAGUAUGUAGAUUCAACUUUGAUGGUAUCUAAGCGCCGUAGGCGCAGCAGUUUGAAUUUUGUUGAGCCUGGCUCUUACAUUAAACAGGAGCGCCAGUUGCAACGUCAGCUUGAGGACAAUGCCCUUGGUAUAAAUCGUCGUAAGAUUCAAUUACAGCGCAAGAUGUUGAUAGAGCAGCAGGAGCGCCGUCUGGCUGCUCGCCAGAAGUUGGAAUCGACGGGUGAGAAUGCUGCAUUACCUGUGGAUGGUGACCGGGUGGAGGAGACGAAUCCCAAUUUGAUACCUUUAAAGGCUGGUAUGUUAGAGAAAAAGGAUUCCUGGGACGAUGACGAGCCGUGGAUGGAAUGGUGGGACCGCGGUGUUAUUAUUUUGAAGACGGGUGAGGACCCCUUUAAGUCUGGCAACGUGAAGAAACACCAGACGUUGGAUAUUGACCCAGAUUUAUGUAUGAUUAACGAGAAGAAGUUUAAUAACUACAUUGAGCAUCCUUGCAAGAUAGAUGGUAAGCGUAAGAAGGGAAAGGACACUCCUUCGAUCAUGUUGACAAAGGAGGAACGGAAGAAGUUGCGUCGUCGCAAGCGUGAGGAGAAGCUUAAGGCCAUUCAGGAUAAGAUUCGUAUUGGUUUGAUUCCACCUCCAGCUCCUAAGUUGAAACUAUCUAAUUUACUUCGUGUACUUAAGGACCAAUCUGUAGCUGAUCCAUCUCUUGUGGAGAAGCAGGUGCGUGAUCAGAUGGAGGAGCGUUUGAUGAACCACGAGAGGCGCAAUGAGGAGCGCAAGUUAACCCCUGAGCAACGUUCCAAAAAGCACGCCAAGAAAUGGCAGGUUGGUAAGAAUGAGGAGAUUGAGGCUGCCUUAUUCACAUUGCGGUCUCUUACGAACCCUAAGUUGUUAUUCAAGGUUGAUGUGAAUGCUCAGCAAUUUCACUUGACCGGUUGCUGCAUUGUUGCUAGGCAUGCUCAAUCGAUCGUCGUGAUUGAGGGCAGCAAGUUAUCGGUGAAGCGCUACAUAAAGCUACUAAUGCGUCGCAUAAAGUGGGAGGAGGCGGAGACAACUACUGAUGAGGACGUGCUACUCUAUGACUCUUCCGGCGGGUUUUGCAAGCAGAUUUGGACUGGCAGCGUGAAGAAGCGCAACUUUUCAACAUGGAGCGUGGCGUUUGCUGAUUGUGAUGAGGAGAUAACUGAGAUUUUGAAACCUUCCAAGGCGCUACACUACUUUGAGAUGGUACAGAAAUACAGGGACCCUCUAAAAGACAUUUAGUACAAUGU